CACAAAGACGUAACGAACUAUGGUGCUUAAAAAGGGGGCAGAGCAGAAGAAGCGGAGAAGAGGAAGAAAGAUGGAAGAAGAAGAAGGAGAAGUGAAGCUGUUCAGAACGUGGUCGAGUCCAUUCGCUCUGAGAAUAGUAUGGGCGUUGAAGUUGAAAGGAAUAGAAUACGACACCGUUUAUGAAGAUCUGGCCAACAAGAGUUCGUCGCUUUUGGAGUACAAUCCGAUCCACAAGAAGGUUCCGGUGCUCGUCCAUGGCGGAAAGCCGAUCGCCGAAUCGCUCGUCAUCCUUGAAUACAUCGACGAAAUAUGGAACCAAAAUCCAUUGCUGCCUCAGGAUCCUUACCAGAGAGCCCUUGCUCGCUUUUGGGCCAAAUUUGGGGACGAGAAGGUUUGGGAAUCAAUGAAGAAAGUGUUUAUGAGCGAAGGGAAGUUGAAAGAGGAAGGGAUAGAAGAAGCGAAGGAGAAUUUGAAGCAUUUGGAAGAAGAGUUAAAGGCGGGGGGGAAGAGGUUCUUUGGCGGGGAAGUGAUAGGGUUCGUGGAUAUUGCGCUUGGGUGGCUUGCAAACUUACCAAGCGUGUUGGAGGAAGUGAUUGGACUUACCCUCAUAACUCAACAAACCUUCCCCCUCUUGUCUAAAUGGACUCACGAAUUUGCUAAUGCCCCAAUCAUCAAUCAACAUUGGCCUCCUAAGCAACAACUUGUCACCAAGUUCAAAGCAAUGUAUCAAAUCUUUAUGAACAAACAAGCAUGAGCGUAAUUGAUCUCCUCCGAUCUCCGAUAAACCUCACGGGAUAGGAGAAGCAGUGGUUGGAGAUUCCCUUGAAGGGAGUCGAAUGAGGGUAGAUCUUAACGUUUGGUUUAAAGGGUAGUGUUAUCCCGACCCCUACUGUCAUCGUGUCUUUACAAUAACGUUUGUGAUAUUUUCAUUUCGCCGUUGAAGAAGCUAUUUCCUACCUUGUUUA